UGUGAAGUCCUUCGUUCCAUUACACACACACUUGAAUUCCGCCCUUAUUGCAUUUCUUUUCUUGGGUUUCACUGGAGUAAGGGACCUUCUUGUCGUUUAUAGAAGGCGUUUCAGCGUAGCGUUCCAAUCUCAGCCAUACGGACCUUCCAAAGGAUCCGCAUAAUUCUGUCUAGGACCAGGAACGCCACAUCCUUCGCUCUUAGGACGUCGAACUUACACUAGAGCGAUAUCACCGUAUCACAGCUAAUCACUGUGUGAGCACGACGACCCAGAAUAGCAAAAAAAACUCAUUGAACCGAAGUUCGCCACGUGAGCCAACCAGAUGUCACCUACCUUCUUGAACUCACCACGCCGAAUCCUCUUUCUGGACGCAUACGACUCCUUCUCAAACAACAUCGUUGCUUUGAUCGAGCAAAAUACGGAUGCCAAAGUCACCAAAGCCUCCAUCGAUGACACUCGCUUUUCCAACAGCAAGUCUUUAGUCAACCUGACAUUCGCCGAGUAUGCGCAAGACUUCGAUGCGGUCGUUGCGGGCCCUGGUCCUGGAUGGGCUGGCUGCGACAAAGAUGUCGGCGUUAUGAAAGAGCUCUGGAAACUUCGGGACGAAGAAAUCUUACCCGUACUUGGCAUCUGCCUGGGCUUCCAAUCACUAUGUCUCGCCUUUGGAGCUCAGAUCGAGAGGCUGGUCGAGCCGAAGCAUGGUAUUGUCACGGCAGUUCUGCACAAAGGGCAGUCCAUUUUCAGGAAUGUGGAGAAGUUGCAGACAACGCAGUACCACUCUUUACAAGUCAAGCUUGGCCACCCGAUUCAGACGAAUCGAGCUGUCCGAUAUCCCGCGCAACUGUGGGAGCCGACGGAAAUGUGCCCACAGCUGGAACCUAUGGCGUGGGACUUCGACAGCGAACGGAAUGGCGCGGUGCUCAUGGGCGUCAAGCACAUUCAAAAGCCGUUCUGGGGCGUUCAGUUCCAUCCGGAAUCAAUUUGCACAAACGAAGAAGGAAGCCACAUCAUCCGGAAUUGGUGGGAAGAUGCGCAAUCCUGGAAGCGAAAGCGAAUUUUUAGCCAUGACGCGCGCAAGACAACCCUAUCGCCUUCGCAACUGCGGCCAAUGACAUUCCACGACUUCCGGCGAGAUCUUGGCUUCUAUGCGGAGAGUGACACCAAGAAGAAGCCCAUGCGGAAAGGCGUAGCGGAGACCGAGUUCUUGGCGAAAGAGCGCGAUGGUCUUCUGCCGGAUGAGCUGGCUUCGCUGCUAGCUUAUGGCGAUGACCAGACGCUUCCAUACUUGCCUUCGACAGUCGUGCACUGCGCUACCACUGGGAGCGGCCGAUUGACAGUCGAAGACGUUUGCGAACUAUUAGAAAUUCCACGGCACGAGGCGAUAGUGCUCCAAUCCGGACUUCAAGAGAACCUCGUUCCUAUGGCGGUUGGCACUGGACGCUACAGCAUUAUUGGCCUGGUCAUCCCUGAAGAGACACUUCGAUUACACUACUAUGCGGGGUCAAGAAUCAUGCAACUCAGGGAUGGCUACGAUGAGGUACACACUCAGUGGAAAGUGACCGACCCAUGGCCGUACCUAAGGAAAGCCAUGAAUACCCUUCAGCCUACAACACCACCCCGAACUGCGACCUGGGCUCCAUUUUGGGGAGGAUUCAUGGGUUACGCAUCGUAUGAAGCUGGGCUGGAAACGAUCGACGUUCCGGUCGCGGACAGCGCCGAUCAUCCGGACAUCUGCUUCGCAUACAUCACCAGGAGCAUUGUGUUCGAUCACCAAGUCAAGAAGAUCUAUGUGCAGAGUAUACGUGGACCGAACGACUUUGACUGGGUCGAAGAGACACAGGAACUCAUCUACAACGCUGUCGAUGCAAAAUCACGCGAGUCUACACCAACCUCAACGCCCAUGCCGAAACCGGAUCCAUUUGAGAAGUUCGGUCCAAUGUACAGGUACAUUGACUCGUGUACGCAGGACUUCGCUAACCGAGAGGGUUACUGCGAGCAAGUUCGUUCCUGCCAGGAGGCGAUCGCCGAUGGUCAGAGCUACGAGCUCUGCUUGACGCAUCAAAACGAGAUCCGCGCCCGCAAACCGACAGCCUGCCGCCUCUCCAAAGCUGAGGACUGUCAACAUUCAUGGAAUCUCUACAAGCGACUUGCUGGCCAGAACCCUGCUCCUUUCAGUGCUUAUAUGCGCAUGCAUAACGUGCAUAUCCUCUCCUCCUCUCCAGAGCGCUACAUCUCCUGGUCGCGCAGUCAGGCCGCACAAUGCCGGCCCAUCAAGGGCACUGUUCAGAAGAAGCCCGGCGUCACCGCAGCACAAGCCCACGCCAUCCUGUCUUCCUCCAAGGAGCGCGCUGAGAACCUCAUGAUUGUCGACCUCACACGACAUCAGCUCCAUGGUGUCUACGGUUCCGAGAACGUGCGUGUCAGUCAGUUGAUGGAAGUAGAGGAAUACGAAACAGUCUGGCAGCUCGUCACCGUCGUCGACGCCGUGCCACCUGGCGUAUACAAGCCCAGCACACCUGAGCUAUGGGAAGACCCCGCCGACGGCUCCAGCGGACUCGUCACCAGAACGUCUGUCCCAGAUCUUGGCUUCCAGGCUUUCGUCGAGAGCCUGCCACCUGGCAGCAUGACUGGCGCGCCAAAGAAGCGAUCUUGCGAGCUCCUGCAAGAACAAGAACGUAGGGUCAAGAGAGGCAUAUACUCCGGUGUACUAGGCUACCUCGACGUCGGCGGUGGUGGUGACUUCAGCGUCGUCAUCCGCACUGCGAUCAAAGUCGAUCCUACAUCGUACUACUCCUCCUUGACUGCGCCUAAAGAGGGCACCACAUUCGCCACCACGUCCCCCUCCACAAGUACUCAAACAGAAGACAUCUGGCGCAUACCCGCCGGUGGCGCAGUGACCUCGCAAUCCACACCGGAAGGCGAGUACGAGGAGAUGCUUGCCAAAGUCAACAGCACAGCACGCGCCUUCACACACCUCCCACCUCCACCGCCCAAGCAGAAGAAGCCAAGAGUUGAGCUGAUCAAUCCUGAUCAUCCUGACUACGAGGCACUCUGGAACGAGACGCUGAGAGGUGAGGAUGGGGCGGAGAUCGAUGUUGGUACGACUGACGUCGAGACGGUGCUACGGUUGUUGCAAGAGACAGUCCAACGGACGCUUGAGCAAGGGAUUGGAAUCCUGGAUGAGGAAGACCUCAAUGAGGAGGAAGAUUGAGCAGUUGCGAUCGAGAUUUUUGGUGUAGUAUGUUUGCACUAGAGCGAGGGGAGGGUGCGGCGAUUUAACAAGAUACCAUAGAUUUACAUAGAUGUCAGGUUUCAACACCACAACAGCAGAGUUCACAUUUGAC